AAAAGGAGAUGGGACACAUCUAGGGAGGGGGCGAGCCUGGAGGACAGUCGCACAGGGAGGGGCAGAACUCCCGAGCCAGGGAGGGGGUGCACAGUCACCUGGUGGGACAGAGGCUGGCGGAGGGACGGGAACCCAGGCGGGGCGAGCCGCGGGAGAGUGGAGAGGCAGGCGCCUGGGCUGGGGGCGGGGACCAGGCGGGGCAGGGGGGCGGGGGAGGAGGGCGGCGGGAGCCUGAGCCGGAAUCGCAGCGUGAGCAGGUGGAGCCGCGGUGGGAGCCCGCCGGGUCGAGCUGAGUAAGGCGGCGGGCUCGGCGGGGGCCAUGGAGCUGCUAAAGCUGAACCGGAGCGUGCAGGGAACCGGACCCGGGCCGGGGGCUUCCCUGUGCCGCCCGGGGGCGCCUCUCCUCAACAGCAGCAGUGUGGGCAACCUCAGCUGCGAGCCCCCUCGCAUUCGCGGAGCCGGGACACGAGAAUUGGAGCUGGCCAUUAGAAUCACUCUUUACGCAGUGAUCUUCCUGAUGAGCGUUGGAGGAAAUGUUCUCAUCAUCGUGGUCCUGGGACUGAGCCGCCGCCUGAGGACUGUCACCAAUGCCUUCCUCCUCUCACUGGCAGUCAGCGACCUCCUGCUGGCUGUGGCUUGCAUGCCCUUCACCCUCCUGCCCAAUCUCAUGGGCACAUUCAUCUUUGGCACAGUCAUCUGCAAGGCGGUUUCCUACCUCAUGGGGGUGUCUGUGAGCGUGUCCACGCUAAGCCUCGUGGCCAUCGCACUGGAGCGGUACAGCGCCAUCUGCCGACCACUGCAGGCACGAGUGUGGCAGACGCGCUCCCACGCGGCUCGCGUGAUUGUAGCCACGUGGCUGCUGUCUGGACUACUCAUGGUGCCCUACCCCGUGUACACUGUCGUGCAACCAGUGGGGCCUCGUGUGCUGCAGUGCAUGCAUCGCUGGCCCAGUGCGCGGGUCCGCCAGACCUGGUCCGUACUGCUGCUCCUGCUCUUGUUCUUCAUCCCGGGUGUGGUUAUGGCCGUGGCCUACGGGCUUAUCUCUCGAGAGCUCUACUUAGGGCUUCGCUUUGACGGUGACAGUGACAGCGACAGCCAAAGCAGGGUCCGAAACCAAGGCGGGCUGCCAGGUGGGGCUGGACCACGUGAGCAAAAUCUGGGAGAGGCGGAGCUUUGGAGGGCGACGGGGCCUGCUGGAGUGGGUGGGGCCAAAAUGAAGGCGAGAAGAAAGCUGGAAAUGGGGUUAAGCUGGGAGCGGAGGUCAGGUGGGGAUUGGGCUGGAGACUGGGAGGACUCGCCUUUUUCUCUGACCGCCCACCCUUUGUGCUCAGGUGCUGUUCACCAGAACGGGCGUUGCCGGCCUGAGACCGGCGCCGUUGGCGAAGACAACGAUGGCUGUUACGUGCAACUUCCACGUUCCCGGCCUGCCCUGGAGCUGACGGCGCUGACGGCUCCUGGGCCAGGAUCCGGCUCCCGGCCCACCCAGGCCAAGCUGCUGGCUAAGAAGCGCGUGGUGCGAAUGUUGCUGGUGAUCGUUGUGCUUUUUUUUCUGUGUUGGUUGCCAGUUUAUAGUGCCAACACGUGGCGCGCCUUUGAUGGCCCGGGUGCACACCGAGCACUCUCAGGUGCUCCUAUCUCCUUCAUUCACUUGCUGAGCUAUGCCUCGGCCUGUGUCAACCCCCUGAUCUACUGCUUCAUGCACCGUCGCUUUCGCCAGGCCUGCCUGGAAACGUGCGCUCGCUGCUGCCCCCGGCCUCCACGAGCUCGCCCCAGGCCUCUUCCCGAUGAGGACCCUCCCACUCCCUCCAUUGCUUCCCUGUCCAGGCUUAGCUACACCACCAUCAGCACGCUGGGCCCUGGCUGAGGAGUAGAGGGGCCGUGGGGGUUGAGGCAGGGCAAAUGACAUGCACUGACCCUUCCAGACAUACAAAACACAAACCACAACUGACACAGGAAACCAACACCCAAAGCAUGGACUAACCCCAACGCACAGGAAAAGGUAGCUUACCUGACACAAGAGGAACAAGAAUGGAGCAGUACACAGGAAAGGAGGCAUGCCUCUGAUAUGGGACUGAGCCUGGCCCAUAGAAACAUGACACUGACCUUGGAUAGACACAGCAUCCCUAGCAGUGAACUAUUUCUACACAGUGGGAACUCUGACAAGGGCUGACCUGCCUCUCGCACACAUAGAUUAGUGGCACUGAUUGUUUUAGAGACUAUGCAGCCUGGCACGGGGCUGACUGGGAUGCUCCUAGUUUGACCUCACAAUGCCCUUUCCCAAUCAGCACUGAAAAUACCAUCAGGCCUAAUCUCAUACCUCUGACCAACUGGCUGUUCUGCACUGAAAAGGUUCUUCAUCCCUUUCCAGUUAAGGACCAUGGCCCUGCCCUCUCCUUCCUUACCCAAACUGUUAAAGAAAUAAUAAAUUAUUUGGCUUCCUCCUGAA